CAACGCACAGUUCGAUACCGUAAACAUAUGUGACUCUGAAAGCGGAAAAUCGGAAGAAUCCCUCCGUACCGUAUCUCUGACAAUAUGGCUAGCAGCUGGGAAGAAGUCAAGCUUCUGGCAGCGGAUUUCCAGCGUGCCCAAUUGACGUCGUCGAUCCAGAGACUGAGUGAUCGGAACUGCAUAGAAAUCGUGAAGAAAUUGAUAUCCCUGAAGCUGAUCGACGUAGUUUUCACGACGUCCGGGAAGGAGUACAUCACUCCUCAGCAUCUGCAGAAAGAGAUCAACGAUGAAUUGAUUGUUGCUGGAGGUCGCAUUGACCUGAGCACGCUCGCGACGACUUUGCAAGUAGAUAUCAGCCACAUCGAAAAGGCUGUCCCGGAUGUCUUACGUUCGGACAAAGGGACAAAGCUCGUCCUCGAUCAACUAAUCACGGAAUCCUACAUGGACCAGCUGGCCGAGGAGGUGAACGAGAAGCUACAGCAGAAGGGUGAGCUGUCGAUAGCUGAGAUCAUCGAGGCCUACGAUAUGCCGACGGAUUCUCUGCGUUCGAGUCUCCUGAGCCGUAUGGGAAGUAUUGUCAAAGGCCAGACUGACGACAAGGAAGUCAUUUUCACCGAAGCUUUCGUGACUAUGCACCGAUACCGAAUCCGGGGCAUUCUGACCGCGGUCACGAGACCGGUACAGAUGUCCACUCUGAUCAAGAACUACGCGUUGCCCCAACGAGUCGUAUUCAAUAUAGUGGAGCAGCUCAUCAGCCAAAAGAAACUUCUCGGUUCCCUCUCUGGUCAGAGAGAGCGAGCCAUCUACUCUCCUGAGAUUUACAGUCGAGCGCAGAGAGAUUGGGUUAACGAUUGCUUCAAGCAGAAUGGAUUCCUCGAAUACGAUGCUCUUCGCCGUCUCGGGAUAGUCGACCCGGAAACUUACGCCAAGACCAUACUACAGGGAACGAAAGUUUUGUUCCUCUCGUCUGCCUGCGUCGGUGAGCGACUUCUCGAUCAGAUUGAAGCAUCCGUUGAAGAAGCUCAUCUGACCGGAUCAUGGGUCGACGUCGUCACGAUGUUGCCAUCUCAGUUGACCAGCUCCGAUGUGCAACAGGUGGUGUCCACUGUGAUAGGUAAUCACAAAUCUGUUAAGGAUUCGAUGCACAUCAUUGCUGACAGUAUAGUGGCGAGCAACGCCUUGAUCGAAAGCUGUUUGCGGACUUUUGAACCUCUCAUGGUGACGAAAGGGGAGAAGGAUCUUCAAAGUGGAGUCGCCAGAGCAAUCUUCACCGAGAAGGAACCCUGCCCUGAUGAAGGCAAACGAGGGCGUCACGGAGACGACGAGGAUGUUGAAACAAGCAAGAAGGACGAGCGUCGCAAGAAAGCUGCCAGUGGUAAGAGCGGCGGGGGUACCCAGGGCCGUGAGACGAAAACUAAAGCUACCAAGAAAAAGUACGGGAAGAAGAGAGCGAAUGAUAGCGAUUCCGACGAAGACGAGACUCCGCGAGGCAAGCACACGGCUCAAGUAUCUUCCAAUAAGAAGGAACUUGUCUUCAUGUCGCGGCAAGAAAUAGUCAAGCACCUCGUUUCUCUCGAACUGCUCCAGGACUGUCCGGAUGAGCUAGCUUCAGGAAUCGGGGAUUUCAUCGAGCGGCAACUCGCAGCCAAGUACAGACAAGUUGUUCGUUCGAUGUUCAUGUCGUCCAUGAACGCGUCGGCCACGUCUCGCCGUAAAACUCACUCCGAGCUCCAAGAGAAAAUCACCGUGGCUCUCGGCUCCAUCAGCCUCUACGCCAACGGUCUGGACGUCUUCGACGGGGAACUGAAGUCACAACUAAGCAGAUAUCUUCUCAGAUCUUUGUGCACAGACCUUGUGAAUAGCAUCGUCAUCUACCUGGCAUCGGAACAAGGCACCGAGUGCGAAUCCGAGAGUUUGAGCACCGACGCUCGUUUGAAGCUCAUUAAUAAGCUCAAUAGUACACCGAAAGAAGUUCUGCUCAAAAUUCACCAAAACCUCAACGGCGGUACCAUCGACGAUUUCUUGGCCACCAUGGAGACUGUUUGUGGGGCGGGCGUCUUGGAUAUGAUGAUCAGGAGCGAUCGCAAGCGAGAUCGUCAGACCAUGACGAGCCACAAGAUGUCUCUCCUCCAGCAAUUGGAGACUUCGUCAGACCCGGCGUUGACUUUACACAUCGCCGUUUCGAUUUUGGUGCAGAUCCAACUACAACGAAUGGUUCAUUUCUCCGGCAAAUUCGUGCCGCAAAUGAUCGCUUUCCUUCGAGGGAAGAUAGAGAAGGAAGUCUUUGAGAAACUCGUCGAGUUUCAGAACAUGGUCAUGAAAUCGAUGUCUACGGAAGACCCCGAGGAGAAGUCCCGUCUCAACGAGAGUCUAGCCGGUGACCUCAAGACGCUGAAGGAACUUGUUGGGAACUAUAAGAGACUUAGUGAAUCGAAGUGAUUCCGAGUCUCUAACACUGUAUAUUCCUCUCUUGAUCUAAU